GUGUAUAUAUUGGUGUACAUACGUGCGCUUCCCCCUAGCAAAAUUAUUAAAUUUCAAACAUUUUCAUUGUAUUAUUUUAAAAAAUGUCAGUCUUUUUACGAUUUCAAAAAUGGACCGUUGUAGGUUUAGGUGCUUUAAGUGGUGCAGCAUUAUUUUAUUACAAUGCCUAUGGUGAUUGUGAAUCUUCUUGUGUACAAAACUCUUGGACAACAAAUUUCACGCCUUCUGUAAAAUGGGAUCAUAACUGGGACAGGUUCUUUGGGCGAGAUCCAAAAAGUUUGGUGAAGCCUUUGAAAAUAAAUAAUGAAAUAGAUGAAAAUAAAUAUAAUGAAGAAUUUGCAGCAAAAAGAGCCAAACAUAUGAGGCAUUUGGUACUUAUUAGACAUGGACAAUAUAAUACUGCGGGAAAAAUAGAUUCUGAAAAAGUUCUUACUGAACUUGGUCGACAUCAAGCUGAAACAACUGGAAAAAGAUUAGCAGAAUUAGACGUAUCUUAUUCUCUAAUAGUUAGAUCAACAAUGACAAGAGCUCAAGAAACUUCUAAAAUAAUAGAAAAAAGUCUUCCAAAUGUACCAACUGAAGAUGAUAGCCUUUUAACUGAAGGUGCACCUAUUCCACCUGAACCACCAAUAGGCAAUUGGAUGUCAGAACGAUAUUUUUACCAAGAUGGACCUAGAAUAGAAGCAGCAUUUAGAAAAUAUUUCCAUCGAGCAGACCCUAAGCAAGAAAAAGAUACUGUUACUAUUCUUGUUUGUCAUGCAAAUGUUAUUAGAUAUUUUGUUUGCAGAGCUUUACAAUUUCCUCCAGAAGCUUGGAUGCGUAUGUCUUUAAAUCAUGGAAGCAUUACUUGGUUGUGUAUAUAUCCUAAUGGAAGAGUAACAAUGCAUUGUCUUGGAGAUACUGGUCAUAUGUUACCUCAAAACAUUUCAGUUAGUUAAUAAUAAUGAGUAUUUCCAGAUGCGAAGAAAAUCAUGAAAGAAAUUAAAUUUUGUAUUUAUAAAAGUAUUUCUAUAGUGUGUGUAUAUGUGAGGUUCACACUUUUUCCUGUAAAAUGCAUAUAUGGAUGAAGAUAAUACAUAAUGAAAUGAA